UUAUCAGUGAUGGAUGCAGGAGUCUGAUUUGAUUGACAGUUCAACCUAAACAGAAGUAAAAAAAAAACUGGACUGCACCUCAUUAAAUGAAACUACAAGCAAGAACAGCUCCCAGUAGGAGGAAAAGGAAAAGCAAUAACAUCAGGUCAGACUUGGGAGGAUUGUUUGCCUCUGUGCAAUUGGAUCUGUGUGCAUUGAUUUUAAACAGACUCAGGAGGUAAAAAUGAAUUGGAGCAGGUGGCACCCCAUGUUGCUAUGGCUCCUGAGCUUCAGCUGCAGUGCUGUAAGUGAAGAAAAUUAUGUUCAUGAAUCAGUAAAGAAUCAAACUGGAGUGACAACUGAUCCUGAAGUGCAAGUGGACUACUGCCCUGCUGACUGCAGUUGUAACCUGGAUGGAACUGUGAACUGCGCUGGGGUGGAUCUAAAGGAAUUUCCCAAGAACUUAUCGCAAUCAAUACUGCAUCUGUCUUUGCAGAACAAUGCUUUAGAAGUGAUCCCACUGGAGGAGUUAUCAAGGCUGCAGAGUCUGGAGACUUUCAACUUACAGAAUAACCGGCUUACAUCUAAAGGUCUACCUGAUGAUGCAUUCCGUUCUCUAAAGAAUUUGCUGUAUUUGUACCUGGCGAACAAUAAGCUAACAGUCGCUCCAAAAUACCUGCCGAAAACCUUGAUUAGUGCAGAUCUUGCAGCCAAUUACCUUACAAAGAUCUAUCCCCUCACUUUUGGGCAGAAGCCAAAUCUAAGGUCUAUCUAUCUCCAUAACAAUAAACUUACAGAUGCAGGAUUACCUGAUCAUAUGUUCAAUGGAUCCGAUGGUGUCGGAAUAUUAAUCAUGUCCAGUAAUUUCUUGAAGUAUGUUCCCAAGAAUUUGCCAAAAGGACUAUUCAGAUUACAUUUAAAGAACAACAAACUGGAAAAGAUUCCGAAAGGAGCUUUCGAUAAUCUUUCAAAUCUCCGUGAACUAUACCUUCAUAAUAAUUACAUAACCAAUGAAGGAAUAGACAAUGAAACAUUUUGGAAACUGUCAAGCUUGGAAUACCUGGAUUUGUCAAGCAACAAUCUGACUCAAAUACCAAGUGGGUUACCUCGAAAUAUUAUCCUCCUACACUUGGAGAAAAAUGCUAUUAAAUCAAUACCUGCUAACUGGUUGACACAGAUAAAAAAUCUUGAAUACCUCCUGCUUCAUAAUAACAAGAUAAGGGCAAAAGCAAUUCACCCACUUGCAUUCAAGGGACUUAAAAAGCUCCAUACCUUUCACCUCUACAAUAAUUUGCUUGAAAGAAUUCCAAGUGGCUUACCACGACGGGUGAAGACAUUAAUGCUUCUCCACAAUCAGAUCUCAGAAAUUUCCAGAAAUGAUUUUGCUUACACAUACUUUUUGACAGAACUUAAUUUGAGUUACAACAAAUUAACAAGUCCCAAAAUCCACCCAGAAGCAUUUCGGAAAAUGAGGCUGCUUGAAUCGUUGGAUUUUUCUGGAAAUAAUCUGAAUGUAGUGCCCAGUGGCCUGCCAAAGAACUUGCACAUAUUGAAGCUGAAGGAAAAUGAAAUCAACUCAAUUCCUGAUGGCUCACUCUCAGGAAUGACAAAACUUAAGGAGCUCUUCCUGAGUAAUAACAAACUUAAACUGAACUCUGUCUAUCCAGGGGCAUGGAAGCAACUGUCGGCACUCCAGCUUUUGGAUCUAUCAGGCAAUCAACUCUCCUAUAUUCCUACUGAUCUGCCAGAGUCUCUUCAGUACAUUUACCUCCAGAACAAUCAAAUUUCUGUCAUUCCAGAGAAUGCCUUUGAAUCCACACCUAACAUUAAAGGGAUUUUUCUUAGAGACAACAGUCUAACAACUACUAAAGUAAAAGGAACAGCAUUUGAAAAGCUGAAGUUCUUACAAGUACUGGAUAUGGGUGCGUACACAGAGUCCUCUUCCACAUCCACAAAGGAGAACGGCACCUCAGAAGACAAUUCAGAGAAUAAUGCUGACCAAGCUAUUCAGAAUGACAAGUAAUCGCCCAUGAAAAAUAAUCAAGACAUUUAGCAUUGUGUUUUCCAUAUACAAAAGUUGUGUAUGUUUAUUCUAGCCAUUAUUACCUCUUUGGAGUAGUCCCUUUCCCACAGCUUCAAGCUCUCUCCAGUCUACCCUACCCAAUGAUGACUUAGAUCCCUGUUGUCUUUCACCUCCCUCACUACUCACUCAUUUCAUCUAACUGCAUCCUUGAUAUCAUCUCAUCCCAGUUCAAGCAUUCAGCUUCACCUCCUCAGCCUCAAUCUUGCUGAUAUCAUCACCCAUGAAAAAUAAUCAAGACAUUUAGCAUUGUGUUUUCCAUAUACAAGUGUUUUGUGUGUCUUCCAUCCAAAUCAGUGGACUUUUCCUAUCACCCUUAAGAAAGUCUCCCUAAUUUCACAAAUUUUCCAGUCGUCCAGUUGUCUUUCACUACUAGUGUGUUGAUUUACAUCCACAGUUUCGCUACUCCUUAUCCAGUUAUCCCGAAUCCAGUUUAUUUGCUGCCAUGACUAUGCUAGUUAAAGAGUCAAACAAUAUCCCAUGUCCUCAGCCUCCUUGGUCUUUCUGACACAUCUAACACCAUUGGCAUUCAACCUUCCCCUAAUUUGCAGUCUGCCACAGGGCCGAUGCCUCGUAUUCUGAAAUCUUACCUCUCUCAAUAUUGGCAUUAUCACCAACGUCACUUCCUUCUCUGUUCACCUGAUCACUCCCGGUUCUGUCGUUCAUUCCAUUCACAUCUAUAGUAUUAUUAAGAUUUAAGAACAGAGUUAGUUUCCAUAAUCUGUUUUUGCCACAAUUUAUUCUGAACCAAGGGUUAUUGCUUUUGGUUUUGAAAUCGCCAGUGAGAUAGUAAUUGGGCCAAAGCUUCCCUUAGCUGUUGCUCUUUCGCCCCCUAUGCCUCUGGCCUCCAUUCCAUCAACCUCCUUAUCAAUAUCUCAACCGGAACCAACAGGUGUGAAAAAGUGGUAUUCCAUUUAGCCCUGAAAUAAAAACAAAAUUCUGGAAAGACUCAACAAGCAAGUCAGUAUCUGUGGAGAGGGAAAAACAGCAUUAAUGUUUCAGAAUGAUGGCCAUUUAACAGAACUGGGAAAAGUUAGAAAUCAUGAUUUGAGCUGCAGUGAAGGGGAAGGGAUGCAGAGAACAAAGGGGAUGUCUGUGAUAGAGACCAAGAGAGACCAAAUGACACAAAAGUAGUGAUGGUGCCGGUGCUGGCUGAGAGAUUGCGAGGAAGGCUGAUCCACCUGAAGGUGAUGCAAAUAGAAGGAAACGGAUGAAACAAAGGCAAGAAAAAAAAUGACUGGAACCGUGAGGUACAAAAUACUACCGUUGCUGGAAAACUGAAAUAAAAGAAAUAUGUUGUAAGUACCCAGCAGACAACCUUUGCAAAGAGUGAAAAACAAUGUUUCUGUUAUAGGUUGAUGACCUUUCAUCAGAACUGGCCAACACUGAUACAAACUGGAACAGCUGACUAUCAGAAAUUGUGGGAUUCAAUUUGAAACCCACGGGCUGCAGCUGCCUUGCUGGAAGGUGGGAUGUUGUUCCUUGACCUUCCUGGUGCAAUUGUAGGAGGCCAAAGAUAGAGACAUCAGAGUGCAGGUAGAAUGGAGAAUUAAAGUAACAGGCCACUAAAAGCUCAGCAUGGUUUCUCUCUCCACAGAUGCUACCUGACCUCUGUGUAUUUUCAACAGUUUUUAUUUCAGACUUCCAGCAUCAGUACUUUUUUUUCCUUUUCAAUUAAUGUUCAUCCUUGAAUUCAGUUUUCUCUUUCACCACUGAAUCUCUGUUAUCUUUCCAACACUUUUAACCUCAGCUUCCAUCCAUGGCUUUCUGUCAGCAAAAUCCUGAUACAUGCCUUAAUUAUCCUUAGGCUUGCCUUUUUUUCCUUCAUAGCUGGGAUUCCCCAUCUCAACUCUCCACAGGAUUCAUUAGAUAAAAACAGUCCAUGUUUUCACCCAGAUUAAGUCUCAUCCCCCUAUUAUCUGCUGCCUCCAAACUUACCAAAUGACUGUCUCCCAGAUGUUCUUAAGGUUUUCCAAUUGUCUUGUUCUUUUCUCCUGCCCUUCAUCCAGUGCAUAGCUACACAUCUCAAAUACCUGCCCUCUCCUCAAUAUUUACAACUUUUCUUUUUGUCACAGAGUUUUGCUGAAAUUUUGUUGCUCACUCUCUUGCCUGAACACCAUCCUUCCUGCCUCCAACAGCCUUAAAGUCAUUCCUCUCCUCUUCAGUCUCACCAUUAUUCUCCUGUAUCACCAUUUUACUUCCCUUUGGUCAUGUUCCACGUCCACAUUGUUUUCUUCAUCAGUGUAAAAUAAUCUGAGACAUCUUCUGUACAUAAAGAAUAUGGUAUAAAAAUAUGAUUUGUUUGCAGGGGAAGACAAUGGCAGAGUUGCUAUUACUGUACCUUUAUAAAUAAACCAGCUGAUUGUGUUUGUAUCCAUAAAUUACUCAGAACAGAUCCUCAAAUAACAGAAAUCUAUUUAUCUGUUAUAUAUCUUAACUCUGAAUUUCAACGAGAGUUUAAACUUCUUUUAUUGAAUGUGUCUAUCCCCCUCCUUUCAAAGGAUGUUCCACAAUCAUUGAAUAAUACAACUCAAAGGACUCCAUCCAGUCCACUGUGCCUGUGAUGAUGUGAAAAGCAACUCUGACUAUUGAUAUACAUGAUAAAAUAUCAUAUGAGAGUAUUGCAACAAGUUCAUUUUGACAAUGAAAUUUAUAACAUAGGAUUUGAACAUGUUACUAAUUGGGUGUUUUUAGCCUGGACAUUAAUUUUCAACAGGAAUGGUUUGAG